CCGCACACAUACAUACACAUAACACACACAUAACUCCCCCCUCUGGACACAGUCGGGAGCCCUUUCAGGAGAACUAUGGAUACCAGGACGACCGGCUACGGCUACAGCCGCUCCGGCGGUAUCCCGUCCAGCGGCUUUCGCUCCCAGUCUCGGUCCCGAGCAAGCCCGGGCUCCACCGUGACCUCGUCCUACAAGAGAAGCGUGAACAUGCCGGUGUCCAGAAUGUACAGCUCAACGGUGCACAGCUCCGGCGACAGCGUUGACUAUGGUCAAACCUCCAUGCUGAACGGAGACUACAGGCACGCUAACGAGAAAGAGCAACUUCAGGGGCUCAACGACCGGUUUGUCGUUUACAUCGACAAGGUGCACUACCUGGAGCAGCAGAACAAGCAGAUCGAGGAGGAGAUCCACGCACUGCGACAGAAGCAGGUGUCGCGCUCCGAGCUGGGCAACCACUACGACCAGGAGCUGCAGGAGCUGCGCUCCAUGCUGGAGCAGAUCCACCACGACAAGGCGCAGAUCCAGCUUGACACCGACCACAUCGAGGAGGACAUUCAGCGGCUCAGGGACCGCUUUGAAGAAGAGGCUCGCAUCAGGGAGGAGACGGAGGCCAUAAUCCGCGUCCUGAAGAAGGACACGGGCGACUCAGAGUUGGUGAAGUCUGAGUUGGAUAAGAAAGUUCAGUCGCUGCAGGACGAGAUCGCCUUCAUCCGCAACAACCACGAGGAAGAGGUUAGUGACCUCAUCGCCCAGAUCCAGGCGUCUCAGGUGACCGUGGAGAGGAAAGACCUCCAGAAGACGGACAUCACCGAGGCUCUGCGGGAGAUCCGCUGUGAGCUCGAGGGCCACUCAAACCAGAACCUGCAGCAGGUGGAAAACUGGUUCAUGUGCCGGUUCUCCAAGCUCACCGAGGCUGCAGACCAGAACAAGGACGCCAUCAAGUCCGCCCGCGAUGAGAUAACCGACUAUCGCCGCCAGCUGCAGUCCAAGACGGUGGAGUUGGAGUCCAUCCGCGGGACAAGAGACUCACUGGAGAGGCAGCUGAAUGACAUCGAGGACCGGCACAACAGCGAUCUGUCCAGUCUGCAGGAGACAAUUCACCAGCUGGAUAAUGAGCUCAAGAACACCAAAUGGGAGAUGGCUCGUCACCUGCGCGAGUACCAGGACCUGCUCAAUGUCAAGAUGGCCUUGGACAUUGAGAUCGCUGCAUACAGGAAACUUCUUGAUGGUGAGGAAACUCAUUUCAGCACUUUCCCUUAUCUUCAUGUGACCUCCUAUAAAGACUCUAAGCCUAAAUCAGACCCUCCCAAGCUGAAAGUGCAUCACAAGUUUGUGGAAGAGAUCAUCGAAGAGGUAAAGGUAGAGCAUGAGAAGUCAGACAUCGACGAGGUCCUGGCGGAAAUAGCACAGGAUCUGUCUGCCACGCUUGGAGGUGGUGGAGAUGAGGGGGAGGAAGAGCAGGGUAAGGAUGAGGGGGGAGAGGGAGAUGACAUGGAGGAAGUUGUAGCCGCCACUGAGGGAAAAGUUAACUUCAGCAAAUCCACUAAAGAGAAAGAGGCGGAUGAACAAGGUGGUGAUAAGAAUGGAGAGGAAGAAGAAGAAAAGGAAGAGGAAAAUGAGCCUGAACAAGGGGAAGGUGGGGAGGUAGGGGAUGAAGGAGAACAAGAAGCUGGUGCUGAAGAGGAAGAUGGUGAUCAGGACAAAGAUGCAGGCGGGGACAAAGCAAUCAAAAGCAGGGGUGAGAAUGAGGAAAAAGAGAAGACAGACAAAGUCAAAGAAAGUGAAAAAUGUGUGAAGUGGUUAGGAGAUGGGAAAGCAGAAGAUGCUGUAGAAGUAGAACUUCCAAAGAAAGAAGCUGCAAUGGCAGAAGUUGCAAUGCCAGAAGUUGAAACAUCAGAAGCUGCAAAGCCAGAAGUGGCAAAGCAAGAAGCUGAAAAGUCAGAAAUUGAAAAAACACAAGUUGCAAAGUCAGAAGAAGCAAAGAUAGACGUUGCAAAGCCAGAAGUUGCAAAGUCAGAAGAAGCAAAGAUAGAUGUUGCAAAGCCAAAAGUUGGAAAGUCAGAAGCUGCAAAGUCAGAAGUCACAAAGCCAGAAUCUGUAAAGUCUGAAUCUGCAAAGCCAGAAGUUGCAAAGCCAGAAGUUGAAAAAUCAGAAGCUAUAAAGAUAGAAGUUGCAGAAUCUGCAAAGCCAGAAAUUGCAAAGUCAAAAUCUACAGACCCAGAAGUUGAAAAGCUAGAAGUUGCAAAGUCAGAAGCUACUAAGGAAGAUGUUGCAAAGCAAGAAUCUAAAAAGCCAGAAGUAGAAAAGCCAGAAGUUGAAAAGUCAGAAGAUAUAAAGAUAGAAGUUGCAGAUUCUGCAAAGCCAGAAAUUGCAAAGUCAAAAGCUGCAGACCCAGAAGUUGAAAAGCUAGAAGUUGCAAAGUCAGAAGCUGCAAAGUCAGAAGUCACAAAGCCAGAAUCUGUAAAGUCAGAAUCUGCAAAGCCAGAAGUUGAAAAGCCAGAAGUUGCAAAGCCAGAAGUUGAAAAAUCAGAAGCUAUAAAGAUAGAAGUUGCAGAAUCUGCAAAGCCAGAAAUUGCAAAGUCAAAAUCUACAGACCCAGAAGUUGAAAAGCUAGAAGUUGCAAAGUCAGAAGCUACUAAGGAAGAUGUUGCAAAGCAAGAAUCUAAAAAGCCAGAAGUAGAAAAGCCAGAAGUUGAAAAGUCAGAAGAUAUAAAGAUAGAAGUUGCAGAAUCUGCAAAGCCAGAAAUUGCAAAGUCAAAAGCUGCAGACCCAGAAGUGGAAAAGCUAGAAGUUGCAAAGUCAGAAGCUGCAAAGUCAGAAGUCACAAAGCCAGAAUCUGUAAAGUCAGAAUCUGCAAAGCCAGAAGUUGAAAAGCCAGAAGUUGCAAAGCCAGAAGUUGAAAAAUCAGAAGCUAUAAAGAUAGAAGUUGCAGAAUCUGCAAAGCCAGAAGUUGAAAAGUCAGAAGUUAAAAAGUUGGAAGUUGAAAAGUCAGAAGAUUCAAAGAUAGAAGUUGUAGAAUCUGCAAAGCCAGAAGUUGCAAAGUCAGAAACUGUAGACCCAGAAGUUUCAAAGCAAGAAGCUUCAAAGCCAGAAGUUGAAAAAUCAAAAGCUGCAGACCCAGAAGUUGAAAAGCUAGAAGUUGCAAUGUCAGAAGUCGCAAAAUCAGAAUCUGCAAAGCCAGAAGUUGAAAAGUCAAAAGAUGCAGACCCAGAAUUUGAAAAGCUAGAAGUUGCGAAGUCAGAAGCUAUAAAGGCAGAUGUUGCAAAGCAAGAAUCUACAAAGCCAGAAGUUGCAAAGCCAGAACUUGAAAAGUCAGAAGAUUCAAAGAUAGAAGUUGUAGAAUCUGCAAAGCCAGAAGUUGCAAAGUCAAAAACUGUCGACCCAGAAGUUUCAAAUCAAGAAGCUGCAGACCCAGAAGUUGAAAAGCUAGAAGUUGCAAAGUCAGAAGCUACAAAGGCAGAGGUUGCAAAGCAAGACGUUGCAAAGGAAGAUGUUGCAAAGCCAGAAGUUGAGAAGCCAAAAGUUGCAAAGACAGAAGUCGCAAAAUCAGAAUCUGCAAAGCCAGAAGUGGAAGAGUCAAAAGCUGCAAAGUCAGAAGCUGCAGAGUCAGAAUCUGCAAAGUCAGAAGCUGCAAAGCCAGAAGUUGAAAAGUCAGAAGAUGCAAAGUCAGAAGCUACAAAGGCAGAGGUUGCAAAGCAAGAAGUUGCAAAGGAAGAUGUUGCAAAGCCAGAAGUUGAGAAGCCAGAAGUUGCAAAGACAGAAGUCGCAAAAUCAGAAUCUGCAAAGCCAGAAGUGGAAAAUCCCGAAUCUGCAGAAUCAGAAGCUGCAAAGCCAGAAGUUGCAAAGUCAAAAGCUGUAGACCCAGAAGUUUCAAAGCAAGAAGCUUCAAAGCAAGAAGUUGAAAAGUCAAAAGCUGCAGACCCAGAAGUUGAAAUGGCAGAAGCUCCAAAGCCACAUGCUAAGAAGGAAGAAGCUUCCCAAAUAGAGGAAUCUAAACCAGAUUCUCCAAAUUCUAAAUCCCCCAACUCUGAAAUACAUAAAGCUUUAUCCCCUAAAUCUGAAAUACCUCGGCCCGAUUUCCUUAAAUCUGAUUCUCCCAAGCCUGCCUCUCCUAAAUCUGAGUCCCCCAAAGAAGGCUCACCAAAGCCUGGAUCCCCAGAACCCAGCUCCUUAAAAACAGAGUCCACCAAGUCAGACUCCUCAAAACCAGAAUCUCCAAAAGCUGAAUCCCCAAAGACCGCCAAGUCAGAGGUCCCAAAAGCUGCUGAUAAGAAAUCAGAGGAAAAGAGAGACCCAAUAAAUGACAAGGACAUGGAAAAGAAAGAUGAUGCCAAGAACGUUGACGAAGACAAGAGCAGCCCAGAAGAGAAAGAGAAGAAGGACAAAGGAAAAGAUGACGGCGUGAUCGCUAACGGGGUGGAUGAAAGUCCCGUCAAGGAAGACGUCAACCAGAAAGUGGUGGUCACCAAAAUAGAAGACGAGUCCAAGCCCAUCACCAAAUCUGUCACUGUGACCGAGACGAUGAAGGAAGAGGUGGUGCAGGAUAAGCUGGUAUCCACCAAGAAGACAGAGAAGCGCUCCACCCAGUCCAUUAAGCAGGUGAUAGAGGGAGAAUGAGCGGACUAAGAAAUCACCUCAGAACUAACAUUACAAGAGAAAAAACAUCAUACAGCUAGAGCUUAAAUUAAUUUCUGAAUUGCAUGUUGAGUGACAGCUUUAAAGGGGCUUUGCUGCCGCGGUGAGGGGCUAGUGAGACAGGAGCUCUCGGAGGUGAGGGGGGGUCUCCGCAUGCUAGCUAAUGAGAGGGGAGAUCCAGUUAAAGUUCAAUACAGAAAUGAAUGAGGUGCUACGUUUUGCAAUCCCGUGACUUAACUACAAUUUACAAAUCCCCAGCAGCAUUUGCUCAAUAAAUGUCACAAUGAUGUAA